AUUUACUUUGAGCAAAUGAUUAGUUUUAGGAGGAUGGACUAUAACAUUGAAUCAAUUACAAAAUGCGGGUUUUGAGCCCAUUACUGUUGGGGCUUGAGGGAGAGAAACAAACAGGCGAGCUGCAGGAGCGCAUUGGAAGCUUGGGGCUUAUUUUUUUACUCCGUAUAUAGGAUUUUCCUUGCGAAUUGACAUAGAAGGAGAAGUUCUCAGGAGCAAUGGGGACCUCCCACCAGGCCUUCCUGGUCCUCAGCUGUCUCCUCACAGGGCCGAGCCUCAUCUUCUGCCAGCUCUUGUUACCCUCCAUCCUCCCAAACGAGAAUGAGAAGGUUGUGCAGCUGAAUUCCUCCUUUUCUCUGAGAUGCUUCGGGGAGAGUGAAGUGAGCUGGCAGCACCCCAUGUCUGAAGAAGAGGACCCCAAUGUGGAAAUCAGAAACGAGGAGAAUAACAGCGGCCUCUUUGUGACGGUUCUGGAAGUGGUCAACGCCUCGGCGGCCCACACCGGAUGGUACACUUGCUACUACAACCACACUCAGACGGAGGAGAGCGAGAUCGAAGGCAGGCACAUCUACAUCUAUGUGCCAGACCCAGACAUGGCCUUUGUGCCUCUAGGGAUGACGGAUUCUUUAGUCAUCGUAGAAGAGGACGAUUCUGCCGUCAUCCCUUGUCGCACCACAGAUCCGGAGACUCAAGUAACCUUGCACAACAAUGGUAGGCAGGUGCCGGCCUCUUACGACAGCAGGCAGGGUUUCAACGGGACCUUCAGUGUGGGGCCAUACAUCUGUGAGGCCACCGUCAGAGGGAGGACGUUCAAGACCGGCGAAUUCAACGUUUAUGCUUUGAAAGCAACGUCAGAAUUGAAUCUGGAGAUGGAAGCACGCCAAACCGUGUAUAAGUCAGGGGAAACGAUUGUGGUGACCUGCGCUGUCUUUAACAAUGAGGUGGUUGACCUUCAGUGGACGUACCCUGGAGAAGUGAGAAACAAGGGUAUCACCAUGCUGGAGGAGAUCAAACUCCCAUCCAUCAAACUGGUGUACACUUUGACGGUCCCCAAGGCCACGGUGAAAGACAGUGGAGAUUACGAAUGUGCUGCCCGGCAGGCCACCAAGGAGGUCAAAGAAAUGAAGAAAGUCACCAUUUCUGUCCACGAGAAAGGUUUUGUGGAGAUCAAGCCCACCUUCGGCCAGAUGGAAACCGUCAACUUGCAUCAGGUCAGAGAGUUCGUGGUGGAGGUGCAGGCCUACCCCACUCCCAGGAUAUCUUGGCUGAAGGACAACUCAACUCUGAUUGAGAAUCUCACCGAGAUCACCACCGACGUGCAGAAGAGCCAGGAAACGAGAUAUCAAAGCAAAUUAAAGUUGAUCCGGGCUAAGGAAGAAGACAGCGGCCAUUACACCAUCAUAGUUCAAAAUGACGACGACGUGAAGAGUUACACGUUUGAGCUGUCAACUCUGGUUCCUGCCUCCAUCCUGGAGCUUGUGGAUGACCACCAUGGUUCUGGUGGGGGACAGACUGUGAGGUGCACAGCGGAAGGGACACCCCUCCCGGACAUCGAGUGGAUGAUCUGCAAGGAUAUUAAGAAAUGCAAUAAUGACACUUCCUGGACAAGUUUGGCCAGCAAUGUCUCAAACAUCAUCACAGAGUUCCACCGCCGAGGCAGGAGUACUGUGGAGGGGCGGGUGUCCUUUGCCAAAGUGGAAGAGACCAUCGCAGUUCGAUGCCUGGCAAAGAAUGACCUUGGCACUGGGAACCGAGAGCUGAAGCUGGUGGCUCCCACCCUGCGUUCUGAGCUCACGGUGGCGGCAGCGGUGCUGGUGCUGUUAGUGAUUGUCAUCGUCUCUCUCAUUGUCCUGGUUGUCAUCUGGAAGCAGAAGCCACGCUAUGAGAUCCGCUGGAGAGUCAUUGAGUCUAUCAGCCCCGACGGACAUGAGUAUAUUUACGUGGAUCCGAUGCAGCUGCCUUACGACUCCAGAUGGGAAUUCCCAAGGGAUGGGCUAGUGCUUGGUCGGAUCUUGGGAUCUGGUGCAUUUGGGAAAGUGGUUGAAGGCACAGCCUAUGGAUUAAGUCGGUCCCAGCCUGUUAUGAAGGUCGCUGUCAAGAUGCUUAAACCCACAGCGAGAUCCAGCGAAAAGCAAGCUCUCAUGUCUGAGCUGAAGAUAAUGACCCACUUGGGACCACAUUUGAACAUUGUGAACUUGCUGGGAGCCUGCACCAAGUCAGGCCCCAUUUACAUCAUCACCGAGUACUGCUUCUAUGGGGAUUUGGUCAACUAUUUGCAUAAGAAUAGAGAUAGCUUCAUGAGCCGUCACCCAGAGAAACCAAAGAAAGAGCUGGACAUCUUUGGACUGAAUCCUGCCGAUGACAGUACAAGGAGUUACGUGAUUUUAUCUUUUGAAAACAAUGGUGACUACAUGGACAUGAAACAAGCCGACACCACUCAGUAUGUCCCCAUGCUCGAAAGGAAAGAAGUCUCUAAAUACUCCGACAUCCAGAGAUCGCUGUAUGAUCGGCCAGCCUCCUAUAAGAAGAAGUCUAUGCUAGACUCAGAAGUCAAAAACCUCCUUUCUGACGAUGACUCCGAGGGUCUGACUUUGCUGGAUUUAUUGAGCUUCACCUAUCAAGUUGCCCGAGGAAUGGAAUUUUUGGCUUCCAAAAAUUGCGUCCACCGGGACCUGGCUGCCCGCAAUGUCCUUCUGGCACAAGGGAAAAUUGUGAAGAUCUGUGACUUCGGCCUGGCCAGAGACAUCAUGCAUGAUUCCAACUACGUGUCAAAAGGCAGCACUUUCCUGCCUGUGAAGUGGAUGGCUCCUGAGAGCAUCUUUGACAACCUCUACACCACGCUGAGUGACGUCUGGUCUUACGGCAUUCUGCUCUGGGAAAUCUUCUCCCUUGGUGGCACACCCUACCCCGGCAUGAUGGUUGAUUCUACUUUCUACAAUAAGAUCAAGAGUGGAUACCGGAUGGCCAAACCUGACCAUGCCACCAGUGAAGUCUACGAGAUUAUGGUGCAGUGCUGGAGCAGCGAGCCUGAGAAGAGACCCUCCUUCUACCAUCUGAGCGAGAUCGUGGAGAAUCUGCUGCCUGGACAAUAUAAAAAGAGUUACGAAAAGAUUCACCUGGACUUCCUAAAGAGCGACCAUCCGGCUGUGGCCCGCAUGCGCGUGGACUCUGACCAUGCGUACAGUGGUGUCACUUACAAGAAUGAAGACGACAAGCUGAAGGACUGGGAAGGUGGCCUGGACGAACAGAGGCUCAGUGCAGACAGUGGCUACAUCAUCCCCCUGCCAGACAUCGACCCUGUUCCGGAGGAGGAAGACCUGGGCAAGAGGAACAGACACAGCUCGCAGACAUCAGAAGAGAGUGCUAUCGAGACAGGCUCCAGUAGUUCCACCUUCAUCAAGAGAGAGGACGAGACCAUCGAGGACAUCGACAUGAUGGACGACAUUGGCAUAGACUCGUCAGAUCUGGUGGAGGACAGCUUCCUGUAACCGGCAGGUUUGGGGGGUUUCUUCUACUCCUGGAGCCUCCUUGGGAUCCCUUUAAGAAAACCACUUCGUUGCAAUGCAAAGAUUGAGAAGAGGACUUGGGUGAUGUGGAAAGAGAAGGUCCCAGCGACAGGCCGCAGGGAGCCUCUAGAGUGAAUGGGACCCUUGGACCGAAGUUUGUUCGUGUUGCCUCUUGCAAUGCGUCGGUAGCAUCUCAGCAGUGUGUGAGGUUUGGAGAUGGAUGGACAAGGGAAUAACAGGCCACAGAAGAUGAGCUUUGUGUUUCCAGGGCACUGGUGAGACUCCCACACACGCAAUCCGUGCUGCAACCCAGCUCCAGUGUUGUACUUACGUAAAUAACUCUAACCAAGGAUGUGUUUAGGUUUGUGCUCACUUUCCUCCCUGGACUUCUGAAGAGACCACUCAAUCCAGCCAUGUACUUCCCUCUCGGAAUCCGGUACCAGCUGCUGUUGAACUUUCUCAUGAAGUACAUGCAAAACCACUUUGAACCUUGAAAGGUACUGGGACCGUCCUGUUUUACUGUCUUGUUAGUGUUAAUGAAGCAAAAGAUGAAAACUAACCGACCUUGAGUAAUAGAUUGGGGCUUUUAGGAGCCCUAGAACUUCUCUGUAUAUUGUAAUCUAUACUUAUAAUACUACUACUGUUAAUAGGAAUGCUAAAUAUGUAACCCAUAACAUGAUUUCCCACCAGACAAAGCACAAUUAAAACAAAAAACCUUACUAAGUAGGUGACAAGUUUGGCAGUUUUUGACAUUUAUAUUAAGUAACAUGUUUCUCAGUAAAAUAUAAUAGCUUUAGUGGAUUAAAGUUAGCAAGCACUAGAGAGCCGAGUAUAAGUAGUGUCAUCCAGAAGUCUUUGAUACUGUGUACUAAGUAGUGUUCUCCCUAAUCCAUGGCACUAAAAGCAGUUAAUCACCUCUGAAGUAAUGGGAUUAGAAACAGGCAAAGCGGAACCCCUGCAUCCUAAAUGUUCUCAGUAUAAAAGCUUAAGCCUGGGCCCAGUAUGACUUCUCAUGCUGUGACCUUGUGGAACUGGACAGUCCACAAAAGGACUCAGAUGGGUAGAAGUUUCUUUUAUGACUGGUGGUGACUUUGAUGGAUCCCACCCAUCCCUUCUUUUUAAAUCUAUGACCUUUAAGGAUGCUUCGACAGCAGUACCUUAUUUUCUGUCCUCUCUUGUCUUAAAGAGAAAGAGCCGGAGAUGCCGAAACCACAACGGUGCUGUUGAAUGAAGGUUGUGUGGGCAUUGGCUUAGCUCUUUAGUUCCCACAAUUAACUGCAACUGUAGUCUCUAGCCCUAGGUUUUCACCCCAGAGAUCUGGAAUUCCUGGGUUCGAGGGGAGCAGGAACCUACAUAUAUUUUGAUAAAUUCCUUGGUGCUUCUGAUCAACUAGCGUUCAGAAUCACUGGCUUGGGUUACAGGGGGUUGCCGUGGGUGGGGAUUUUGAAAUUUGGAACUGGACUAGAAGUCAACUGUGCAGGAAGGCUACUAUUUAAGCCCUUGGCUUCAUGUCAAUAACAUUUGAUGCCACGUAUGUAGCAAUUUCCAUUCUUAAUUUAAGUUUCCAGGCUUAGCUGAGGCUGAGAAAGCAAAAUCUUGGUUUGGGCGCAUCUUCCAGGUCUUUGUACAGUUGGCUCUGUAUUUGGUGGAGAAAAUGAAAAAGUUUUCCUGCUGGGGGGGGAGGGUUAGGUGUGUGUCAUAACCAUCCAAACUGUCAAACUGGCUAGUGUGAGUUCAUUGGCAUUCUCUGCAGUGUGCCUAAUUGCUGACUCUGUAUGAAAGAAACAUGGGCUGUGAUUACUGCAAUCACUGUGUUGCUUCCAGCAGGUGAUGCUUUGGAAGCCAUGGAAGCAAUGGCAAGGUACUUGACUGCCUACUGGGACAAUCUCCGUGCAAACCCCAACUUUCCCUUUUCACAGGAAGUGAGAAGACUGAGCCAGAUUGGCCAAUUAAAAAACAAAAACCUGACUAGCUUCUUUCGAGCCAAUUAGACAUGAAGCACAUUCGUGUUUCUAGAAUUGCAGCUCAAGCGUUCUGUUUGUCACCUGUUCAUACAGCCUUGUGUUUGUUGGCUCUUUCUCCUCUGGUGUUGCUUUGGGCCUUGCAUGACACCAUGAGGUUGGAUGCACAGUCCCUGUCCUUAGCUGUUCUCUUCUCUGAGAUUGAAUGGGAAUUCGUUUGUUUUUGUUUUUUUGAGACAGGGUCUCUCUAUGUAGCUCUGGCUGUCCCGGAACUCUCUAUGUAGACCAGGCUGACCGUUAACUCUCAGAGAUUCAUUUGCCUCUGCCUCCCAAGUGCUGGGAUUACAGGCAUGCACCACCAUACUCGGCAGGAAUACAUCUUUAUUUUUAAACAGUGUUUUGAGUGUACCCCUGAUUCAUUUCCUUUAUGGUCUCCUGCAGAGUCCCCGGAAGAAAAUUUACCAAUCUUUUUUGCUUUCUGUUUUAAUGACGACAAUCAAAGCUGGCCCGAGGAACACAAUUUGUGACUUUUUAAAUGAUCAAUGAUGUCCUUAAAACGUGGUCUGCCAACCUGUACAAAAUGGUCCUAUAUUUGUGAAGAGGGACGUAAGAUAAAAUGAUGUUAUACAUCAAUAUGUAUAUAUGUAUUGCUAUGUAGACUUGGAGAAUACUGCCAAAACGUGUAUGACAAGCUGUAUCACUGCCUUUGUUUAUAUUUUUUUAACUGUGAUAUUCCCCACAGGCACAUUAACUGUUGCACUUUUGAAUGUCCAAAAUUUAUAUUUUAGAAGGAAUAAAGAGAAAAAUACUUACAUGCUCCCCACAUGGUGGUGUGUUGAAUGUGUGAGAGCAGCGAGCUCCACGGGAGGCUCUGCCGACACCAGAUGGCUUCCAGAUACCCCUGUUCGUGUUGUUUUAAAAAGUGUAAAUGGAGAUCUUUAUAUUUCAAUAAAUGAUUUAUUAUAUAUGA